AUGUCCUCAGAUAAAUCAAUCGUCGCCUCCUUCAAACUGGUCAAAGGCCCCAUCUACUCCCAUUGUUUCAAUGCUGACCGCACUAUCUUGGCAAUCACCAGUGACACCAAUUGUUUGGUGUAUCGUAUGAACGGUACCAAAAAACCAAUCUUACACGCCACUUUAAAUAACCAUGACAAAACCGUCACGGCCGUCGACAUUUCCAUUCAUGGUCGUAUUGUCACUUGUUCACAAGAUAGAAAUGCCUACGUUUGGGAACCAUUGAGCAACGGUACUUAUAAACCCACUUUGGUUCUGUUACGUAUCAAUAGAGCUGCCACUUGUGUCUCUUGGGCUCCAAACGGUUACAAAUUCGCUGUUGGUUCCAGUGCAAGAAUCAUCGCUGUUUGUUAUUACGAACAAGAAAACAAUUGGUGGGUUUCCAAACAUAUCAAAAAACCCAUCAAAUCCACUGUCAAUUGUGUGGCUUGGCAUGACAACGGUAUCAUCUUGGCCGCUGGUGGGACCGAUGGUGUUGCCAGAGUCUUCUCCGGAUUCAUUAAAGGCUUGGAUUCCAAAGAUGCUGUUGUCAAUUCUCCAUGGGGUGCAAAAUUCCCAUUCGGUUUCUUAUUGAAGGAAUUUUAUGAAGGCUCCUAUAUUAAUGACAUUAAAUGGAGAUGUAACUUGGAACAAUUGGCCUUUGUCACUCAUGAUGGUGCUUUGAACGUUGUUGAUUCUCAAAAUUAUUAUGCUCAAGUCGAUUCUCCAGAAGGUUUGCCAUACAGAGCUUUGACAUGGAUCAAUGACUCUAGUAUCUUGACUGCAGGUUAUAAUUGUCAUCCAGUUUUAUUCAAAUUCAACGGUUCCAAUUGGGCUUUUGCUAAAAAUUUCGAUAAAGUGGCAAACACUGCAAGUGUUGGUGCUUCAAAAAAAGCUGGUCCACCUGUAGUACCACAAAAGCCUAAAUCUUUUAACACUAAUGAUGAUAAUGAUGAAGAGCCUCAAUCCUUUGGUAUUUCUGCCUUGAAGAAGUUCAAAGAAUUGGAUUUGAAAGGUACUGUUACCACCAACAAGGUUGAAAAAGGUGCACAUGAUAACGCAAUCUCUGAAUUGGCCGUCUUUUAUGAAAGUAAUGGCAACGUCACUCAAGUGUCUUCAUGUGGGUUAGAUGGUGAAAUUGUGAUUUAUUCUAUUUAA